AUGUUUCGACCGAGAAUACAGAUUCGAACUGUCGUACAGACAUCCAAUAAGGCUCGAUAUGCCACGCAGUGGGAUGCAGCUCGAGCUGAAGCCAAGCAGAAGAAUCGAACUACAAUGUUCUACGGGCUGAGUGUCGGCAUAACUCUCGUCGCCCUGUCUUAUGCUUCCGUACCCUUGUAUAAAAUGAUAUGUCAACAAACCGGCUGGUCUGGCCAGCCUGUCAAAGCUCACGAGUCAAACGGAGAUCCUGCCCUACGAUUAAGACCAGUCCAAGACCACCGCCGUUUACGUAUUACCUUCAAUGGCUCGGUUUCCGAUAUCCUGCCCUGGAAAUUCACGCCGCAGCAACGCGAAGUCCGUGUGCUACCGGGUGAAACAGCAUUGGCAUUCUACACUGCCACCAACAAAAGCGAGGCAGACAUUAUCGGGGUGGCUACAUAUUCCGUGACACCUGCGCAAGUGGCGCCAUACUUCAGCAAGAUCCAAUGCUUUUGUUUCGAAGAGCAACGGCUAAACGCCGGCGAGACGGUGGACAUGCCGGUGUUCUUCUUCAUCGAUCCGGAAUUUGUCAAGGAUCCGGCCAUGAAGGGCAUUGACACAAUCACGUUGAGUUAUACAUUUUUCAAGGCGAGAUAUGACAAGAAUGGGGUCUUGACCACCAUCCCCAUGGCCAUGGCGCCGGCAUAG